AUGCUGGUUGCACUAGUCUUGUUACAUUGGUUCACUGAAACUACUCAUGGGCCGUUCGUACUUAUUGGUAUUUGUAUGUUUGCAUUGGUUUGUAUGGUUUGUAUGGUUUGUAUGGUUUGUAUGGUUUGUAUGUUUUUAUGGUUUGUAUGGUUUGUAUCGGUGGUUGUAUUGGUUUUGGUAUGUAUCGGUGUUUGUAUUGCAUGGUAUUUUGUAUGCCAUUGGAAUACGGCCUCCGUCGUCGCAGAAUCGUUACCGGAUUCAUCAUACAUGCCCCUCAGACGCAUUCAAUUGCAAGGAUCGUUGCAGAAUGUGCUUGCAGAAAUUUCCAACAUCCCACGGAUGUAUUUCAACAACGUGGGACAUGCAUUGAUGCGGUUUUGCGCGAUCCCAACAAAACACUUUCAGCUGGUGUAUUAUGUGCUGCUGUGUCCUGCUGAGUCUAUUUGCCCUUUGCCGUCUUUUCUCUAUAUUCUACUUGUAGGGCUGGCUGACAAGAAAAUAAACUCUGGUAUUAGAUAUGCGGUACCUGACGCAUUCCGGUCUAUAGUGGAGUUCCCACGUUGA